AGAACGAAAAAAGCUCUUAAAAAAUUUAGCUAAAAAACUUGUUAACCAACUUUUUAAGCUCUUAGUCCAACAUUAUUUUAUACCUUGGGUUCCCUUUAACAGUAUGUAAAACAGCAUUCAACAAAAUGUAAUUUCUUGUAAGUUUUUUUGUUCCUCUACAGAACAUUCAUUGUGCUAAAUGCACGAACCUAAAAAAUUUGCUUGUUUGCAUAAUUUUCAUGCUGAAUUAAUUAGCUAGCCUCGUUAGCUAGUCAUACUUCUUAAAAGUGAUUAGGAAAUUUUCGUUAGAAGAUUUUUGGGUUCUUGGGUAAUUUUUGAGAAUUGCUGAAGGUAGCUGAAGUUAUUUAAAGGUGUCGUUCUCUAUAUUUUUUAUUCUAAAUCAAACUUCUCAUAACAUCUGCCGCAUAAAGGUACAUUUGCCAUAACAAAACCGUUGGGUCUUUACUGUUGAUUGCUUCCUCGGAAGCGCAUCCGUGUGCACACAACAGUAGGAUCGUUUGUUUUCAAAUUUGGGGGUCGUUGUAAUGUGAUUGACGUGUUUUCCUUGUUUCACGGCGGACGAUGGAUUUAUCGGCCAGCGCUUGAGCCUGGAAGAGCGCACCGUUGCCGUACACUACAUCUAACCAGACAUUAAACAUGGCGUCUUCGCUACGAUCAAAGCAAAUAGAAUGUCUUAAACGAAUGUUAAAUUUAAACGAAAAUGCUGCGAAUUCUUCUUCUACUGAACCAUCAUGGAAGGUGCUUGUUUAUGACAGAUUUGGACAAGAUAUUAUCUCUCCACUUCUAACUGUAAAAGAAUUAAGAGAGCUGGGAGUUACCCUUCAUUUGUUGUUACAUUCAGAUAGAGACAUAAUACCUGAUGUACCAGCUAUAUAUUUUGUUUUCCCAACAGAAGAAAAUGUUCAGAGGAUUUGUAGGGAUCUACAAAAUGGAUUAUAUGAAAAGUAUUAUUUGAAUUUUAUAUCUCCAAUAUCUCGUCACCGUCUUGAAGAUUUAGCAACAUCUGCACUGCAACAUGGUAGUGUUGAACUUGUAUCCAAGGUUGUGGAUCAGUAUUUAAAUUAUAUAUCGUUGGAGGAUGAUUUUUUUACAGUAAAGCACCAUGACAGGGACAGUAUUUCAUACUAUGCUUUGAAUAAAGCAGAUGCAAAAGAUACAGACAUUGAACAUAUUUGUGAUACUUUGGUAGACAGUUUAUUUUCCUUCCUAGUUACUACAGGUACUGUUCCAAUCAUCAGAUGUCCUAAGGGAAACGCAGCAGAAAUGGUGGCAGAGGUACUUGAUAAAAAGAUUCGAGAGAAUUUAAGAGAUUCUCGUAAUAGUUUAUUUACAACGGAUAUACAAUCUGGAAAUUUCAGCUUUCAAAGACCUGUGUUGAUCAUAUUGGAUCGAAAUAAUGACUUAUGUACCCCUCUUCAUCACACUUGGACAUAUCAGGCAUUAUGUCAUGAUAUAUUUGAUCUUCAAUUAAAUCGUGUAUCUGUUCAAGAACCCGACACCAAUAUAAAUAAUAUGGCUAACAGUCAACCCACUCGAAAACAAGUCAAAAAAUAUGACCUUUCUGUUAAAGAUAAAUUUUGGAAUCAACAUAAAAUCAGUCCUUUUCCAAACGUCGCUGAGUCAAUACAAAAAGAACUGGAUGAUUACCGUUCUUCAGAAGAAGAAGUCAAAAAACUGAAGAACAUGAUGGGUGUGCAAAACGAAGAGGAUGAAAUGAUCGAGAGUAUGUGGUCGGACAACACAACUAAACUUACCAAUGCUGUCAGUUCUCUUCCAGAAUUACUAGAGAAGAAACGUAUGAUAGAUAUGCAUAUGAAUAUAGCAACCGCCAUGUUGGAACACAUCAAGCAUCGUAAAUUGGACAUCAUGUUUGAAACAGAAGAAAAAAUCAUGAGCAAAUCAUCACUGGAGACAGCUGUUUUGGAUAUUAUCCAAGAUCCUGAAGCUGGUUCACCUGAUGAUAAGUUGCGCUUGUUCCUUAUAUACUACAUUUCAACACCACACAUGUCCCAGGGUGAAUUGGAUCAACAUAUAAACGCAUUGACCCAAACAGGGUGUGAUACAAGUUGUCUGUCAUACAUGAAAAAAUGGAAAGCAUUCAAUAAGGUCGCGUCUGGUCCCAUCCAAACUGGUUCAGGUCAAAGUACAUACAGCGCCAUGUUUUCACGUAUUAUGAGCACGGGUUCUCAGUUUGUUAUGGAAGGUGUAAAGAGUUUAGUGGUGGGAACAAAAAACUUGCCUGUCACAAGGAUUGUAGACGCCAUUAUGGAUCAUAAAAAUAUACCGGAAACCGAAGAUUAUCGUUAUUUUGAUCCUAAAAUGCUAAAAGUGAGCGAAUCAUCGCAAAGAAAUAAAUCUUUUCAAGACGCUAUCGUGUUCAUUGUUGGUGGUGGAAAUUAUAUUGAAUAUGCAAAUCUUAUAAGUUACGAAAAACGUCAAGGAAACAACCAGAAAAAAAUUACAUACGGAUGCAGUGAACUGUUAAAUGCAAAUCAGUUUUUGAAACAGCUGCAACUGCUGGGUAGUAAAUGAAUCGCAUAGGAUGUCAACACCUGCAACAAACUGGUGGUGGUUAUCCAUUAUGACUACGAGUAAAGUCAUCACGAAAAUGCAAGAGUAGUAAGAAGCCGAGAGCAGUUUAAUGUUACAUGGAGGGAGAACUGUAGUCAGGGAUUUGGUUAGGCGAGUCAAGUUAAUUGGUGAAAAGAAAAUUUUAUAUAUUUAAUGAAAGAUAUCUUUGGUAAUAAUAAGUGUAAAAACAAAAUCGAGAUUAGAACAAAUAAACUUGAAUCGUGAAAAAUAUAAAAUUUCAUGUUUAAAGAAACCAUUAGUCGUUAGAAACUAAGACGUUUACAAAAUGAAAUCUUGAGGGUUUUUUCCAGACCUCUUGUGUCAUUUAAAAGACUUCAAAGGUACCAUUUUUGAAAGUGUAUGGGUAUUGUCUCGAUUAGUUUUUUAGGCGUGAAUGCGUAAAUAUUUAUUUUAUUAAGUAAUCGAGA